AUUGGUCUACACAUACUGACUGCUAAUCACAGAGUACUCGUAGAAGUUAAAAACAAAGAUAAAUUAUGGACAAAAAGUUCCUGGGGCUUGUUUUGUUCUUCAUCGUUCUCUUGGCUUCUGAAGAGACGGUGAUUCGCAGUGAGGCGCAGAGAAAAAUAUGCCAAGUCCGCAGCAGAACAUUCAAAGGGAUGUGCUUCAAUAAUAGAAAAUGUAACCAGUGUUGUCUUCAAGAAGAUUACUUAGGCGUCCAGACCGACCUCGUCGAGACGUCGACGUUUUGCAGCAGGGUGGAGCUGCGAAUUGCUCCUCCGUCGUCCGGCCGCCUCCCGGCGCAGGACUGGUGUCCACGUCUUCAUCUCGUCGUCCCUGACAUCUCUGUUGUAUCAGAUUUCAUGGAGAAGCGAUGCUGA